CGGAGGCUCCGACAGUUCACUGGACCUACACGGUCCUGUAGGUUUGAAUAAAUCCAAGGUGAUCGGGGUGAAGUCAUUCUACUGGCUUUUAGCCCUGACAGGAUUUAUUUCAGAAAGUUUGAUUAUUACAGUGAGAAAACUCCUCAUCUUCAUAUUUUUUAUCAUUAAUAUCAUAUACUCGUAGCAUAACAUAUGAUACGGUCACAUCUGCAGUGGGAAAUGAAUGAGUCCACACUUGGCCAGAGUCAGAUUUGUUUGUGACAGAAACAAACGCCACAGCUUCUCUGUCCCUUUGAGGACAGGGGGACAUGUCUUCCUCUCUUCCGCCACAGAAUAUCUCAGCCUGGCCCGCGUCUCCCGGAACCCUCUUAGAGGUAAGGACUCGUUUGCUGGGCACUUCAGCAGCACCUCCUUAUACGGGCUUGGGGGUGGGGUUAGAUGUUUUCUUUCUGGUGAGGGCUGAGCAAGAGCAGCUGGGAUGAUGAAGCUGCUGUUGAGUUCAGACUCAGAAUCCGAACUGACAGGGACUUUAGUCAUCUGACGCAGGAUGCUGCAGCCUCUCUGGACUUUCCUCCUGGAUCACUCCUCCGUUCUGCACUCACCUUUCUUCCCCGUCCUCUUCUCCUUCUUCGUCUACCUGUCCUUCUGCCUGCCCUUCCUGCUGCUGGACCUGCUGUCCACCAGGUGGGCCCUGGUGCGCAGGUACAAGCUGCAGCCUCAGAGCUCCGUCAGCUGGGAGUCGGUGCAGAGAUGCCUGGCUCGGUCGCUCUACAACCACCUGUUCUUCAUCUUCCCGCUGACCGUGAUGCACUGGUACCUGAGGCCCGUCCACCUGCCCAAGGAGGCCCCGACCCUCCCCCGGCUGCUGGCUCAGGUGCUGGUCUGCCUGCUGCUCUUUGACUUCCAGAGCUUCGUCUGGCACCUGCUGCACCACAGAGUGCCCUGGCUGUACCACAACUUCCACAAGAUGCAUCACACCUACACCUCCACCUUCGCCCUCACCGCUGAGUACUCCGGAGCCUGGGAGACUCUCAGCCUGGGCUUCUUCGCCGCCGCCAACCCGCUCCUGCUGGGCUGCCACCCGCUCACCGAGCUGGCCUUCUUCGUGGUGAACAUCUGGCUGUCGGUGGAGGACCACUGCGGCUACGACCUGCCCUGGGCCACCCACCGCCUGGUGCCGCUGGGGCUGUACGGCGGGGCCCGCCACCACGACCUCCACCACCUCCAGUCCAAGUGCAACUACGCCCCCUACUUCACCCACUGGGACUGGCUGGCUGGGACGCUGUGUACAAAUCUGCUGAUGGAGAGUUUAUAAACUGGCGGAGAAGUGAUUGAACUGAUUUGGGAACCUAUCGACAACUUCCUGAACUGAUUUAUUCUGAACGUUUACGAACUGGCUCAUGGGGCCCAGAACCGAUUGGUUUCUGAAGCGAUGGAUAGGGGCUCGAAGUGACUGACGGGUUUCAGAAGGGAUUUGGCAGCUUUCUUAACUGACCAAAAGGUUUUUGAAGUGGUGGGCAGCCGCUGUGCUGUUCAGAAAUGUUUACCUCAGAGCUAUGAAAGUGCUGGAAUUUAUGAACGUUUCCCUUCUUUGCAUAAGUGCUGUACGUAAACGCUGCAAAACAUUUUUCAUACUUUUGUCCUGAAAUGCAAAUUUUCUUAAAACAAGUAGAUGGAGCCAAAUUUUUUCCAGUGCAAAUCAACUUGUUUCACGAAAAAUUGUUUUACGUGUCAGACCAGGCAAAAUAAAAGAUAUCGUUGGACUACAGCUGAGAGCAGGAUUUUAGGAUUCAACAACAGACAGGGCGGCUUGUUAAAAUGGGAAACUACGUUUAUUAAUUGAAUCGUCUUUGAACUAUGUUCAUGUGCAGUUGCAUUAGGGUUAAGAUCAUCUUUAACACAACAGAUACAAGGUUCAUAUUGAACAAACCGGCUAAAUGAAGACCGCCAUGGUUUUUCAUUAAAUAUUUAUUUGAUAUUAACAUAUUGUAACUAACUUGUGGACAAGCUCCAGUUAUAUAAAGAUUUAGGUAAAUAGUUUUGUACCCAGAGUCAGAAGAGAAGAGAAGAGAAGAUGUUAACCAGUCUCUGAGGUUGAGAAACUGAGUGAUUUAUUUCAGAUUCGUCAAAGAAAGUGAAAGUCAAAGGAAACUGUGAAGUUUGCUGAUAUGAACUGACAUAAUGAAUGUUUUUUGACCAACAUUUCUCUCGCAAUGAAGCUACACAGAAGGUUUUGGUGGCGAGUGUGACUGAAAAUGUGAACGACGACCGAAUGACUCUGAAAAGUGAAAACAGUAUUUUUGUGAAGUGACAGUUUCUGUCGUGAUCUGUGAUCUGAGAAUAAACU